AGUGUUUCUACUUGGACUUUGGAUCUGGGUGUGUUAAGAGUUUUGAAGAUGCAUCUCAGAGGUUUUAAGUAUGAAUAUAAAUAAAAAAAUUAUCAUAAUUUAAAUGACAGUGGGUAAAUAUAAGUUCAAACAUUCUAAUAAGUGAAUAAGCAAAGAUGGCAUGAAUUGUAUGAUGUAUGACAUAUUGAAACAAGGGAGGGCCACAUUGUCAGAAAUACGUUAAAGAUUAAAUAAAACAUGUAACACUCGAAUGGAAGCCAAGUAGUCAUUUUGCAGUAAAGUCUGUGGGACAUGAGAUUUUUGGAAAAUGUUCCAUACAAGUAAGGUUGAUAUCUAGGUGCAUUAUCGCCUUCUUUGAGUUUAUAAAGGUCUUCUUUUGUCAUAUAGUAGCUGCAUCAUGGCAUAGUGUGCGUAAUACCCUGGAAUGUAUCAACCAUUUCAUGAAUCCUAGUAUUGUUGUAAACCAUUGACUUGUACCAUGUGUUUUUAAUUGUUAAAAGUCCUGAAUGGUAUGUGCUGAAUCUGUUGAGACAAAAGGAAAUAACUUGUGCUGUGUCUAACCAGCGACCAGUCUUCAUAAAAAGGCAGUGAUUAAGUUUAUAGGUUUUUAGCUAUUUGGGUAACAUUUCUUUGUAAAAACAUUUAAUAUAUCAUUUGUUUAACUAUUCAGCGUCAUCAAAACGGUUCCUUUAAAACAUAGAUUAAGGAGAUUUGAGAAAAUUGAUAUCAUAAUAUUCACAUUUUCUUAAAUGUAAAAUUCAUUCAUAGAUCCUUGUCCAUUGAAAAUUGUAAACCUUUGAUUCUAUAGAAGUAGCCUUUGGUCGCAGUUAAUUAUUUAACAGCUAAGAAAUGAAUGUCAUCUUAAAUGAUGGUCUUUUAAUUCCAAAAACGUUUUAGUGAUCUUUCAGCCAUACUUAACUGCAUGACAUUUAAUUAACCUCUUGACUUUUGAUUUUGUUUUCAUUAAUUAUGAGAUUUGCUAUUGCUAGUCUUACUUAAUUACUCAACUCAAGUGGGUUUGUGAUGUGGAUCUUGCUGGUAUAUUGAAAUACAAUUAGAUAAUUGUUUUAAACUCAAGUGUGUGUGCAGUCUUUGUCUUCCUGGUAUUUUUAAAUACAAUUGGAAAACUGUCAGUUGCGCACAAAUUGCAAUCAUCAGUUGUGCACCAGCAACAGAAAUGGUGGCUCACAAAUUUGUGAAUCAGAAUAAUUGGAGGCUUAAUGUGAAACUGUCAUCACUGUGUUAUGAUUGUAUUGAUUGAUGUAACACAGAUUCAUUUUAAAUUAACAUUUAUUUAACAAUAAUAAGAGGAAAACAUGGCGUCUGGAGGUUCAUCUUUUUACAAGGGAUCUGACCUGAUUCACGACUAUAGUUGCUCUACCUGUGAGCAAAAUGACCUGAACACUGAAGCCCAACACUUUUGUCCGGAGUGUAAACACUAUCUGUGUGACAGUGUGACAAGUUGCAUGGGGAUUAUUUCAAGAAGCUUGUUGUGUAUGGUCGUGGAGACAUCCAGAAGUGGGCGGGGUUCUCCAUGGACAGAUGUGUCCAACAUGGCAAAGAGCUGGAGGUCCACUGUGAUGACCAUCAGGAACUUUGCUGCAGUGUAUGCGUGGCCCUUAACCACAGGCUGUGUAGCAGCAUCAUUCACCUGCCUGACCUGGCCAGAGGCUUCCUGAAGACAACAGAGUUCAAGCAGCUGCCAGCAGCUGUGGACAAGAUGAGGAGCAGGCUUGAUGAGCUCAAGAAUGACUGUAUGAAAGAUCAAGCCUCACUGAAAGACUCUUACAAGAACAUCAUUGCUGAAAUCAAGGCUCUUCGCAAAGAAAUAAACCAGAUCUUAGACGAGCUGGAGAAGAAGACAGUUAAACAGUUGGACAACAUGAUGGAUGAUUUAGAGAAGUCUAUAAAAGAUGACUUAGAAACCUGUGUCCACAUGGAUGACCAACUCAAGACCAUGAUUGAGAAGCUCCAGCAGAUUACUGGCAAAAACAAGGAGACCAACUCUUACAUUGGAUUCCGAGUAUGCCAGUCUAAAUUGAGUGAAGCCAAUAGUCUUGUGCAAGAAAUACGGCAGAAAGAAGGAAUGAAGUUUAAAUCAGAUGAAAGUGUAUUACCAUUUCUGAGAAACCUGAACAGCCUUGGAACUGUUGAAAACCCUAAUAGCAUUUCAGUGUAUAAGGCUCAGAGUUCAAGUCUUUAUAAAGUUAGAAUAAAGGAGGACAAGUACAAGUGCCAUAUUGCAGGUAUCUGUGAGCUUUAUGUAGGCGGCAAAAAUGAUCUGUACCUGUAUACAACAGAUGGAAGACUCGUAAAGAAGAUAUAUGAAGACAAGUCUAAAUACAUAACAGUGUGCAGGUGUGCUGUCUCACCUGAUGGUGAGAGAAUUUAUGUAACAAAUCCAACUGCUUUUAAAUUGAUAACACUUGAUACAUCUGGUCAAGUGUUAUCCACAGUAGAAGAUCCUGACCUUAAACAGCCCACUGGACUAUGUGUCAGCCCCGGUGGCCAUGUGUUUGUGUGUGGAUGCAUUUCCAACACUGUGGUGCAGGUAGAUCCACAGGGGAGACGAAAGCUGGCCACAUUGGCCAGGGAGACUGAUGGCAUGUGUCUCCCUCAGUCAGUGUGGUUCAUUGAAAAAACCUCCACCCUCAUUGUUGGCCAAGAAGAUGAGGACAAUAUUACUGUUCUCAAGUUGUGUUGAACAAGAAAUUAAUUAGACUCUGGAAUACAACAGAAAAAAAACCUUGAAAGAAGAUGUCCAUCUUUACUUUCAUUGAUUGUUCCAUUUUCUUUUAUUUGUUGUAAAUAAAUGUUAAUGAAUAUUUUUUGCAUGUUUUUUCGAGUGUUGUAAAGCACUUGAAAAUGUUAUUAUGUGUCAAUAAUAAUGUAUAUCAUAUAAAUGUCAAGCAAUGACUGUUCUGUGAGCUUAAUAUUUAUAAACUUGAAAUAAUUGUCAAAUUUCGAACAUCAAAGAUAGGUUUUCACAAAGUUUUUUAUCGAGGUCCUUACGAAUUUUAUUGUACAGAUAACGAAUUUCAUUGUAUAGGUAGCAUAUUUUAUUGUAUAGAUAACAUGUUUUACUGUAUAUAAAGAUGAAAAGGUUAGCUAUAGUGAUCAAUCUAUGUCUGGUGUCCAGCGUCGGCGUCCUGCUUCAACACUUGCUUAUAAACAUCAUCUCCUCCUAAACUGCCUGGACAAUUUUAAUGAAACUUCACACGGAUGUUCCUUGGGUGGUGCUCUUUCAUCAAAAUUGUUCAAAGAAAUGAAUUCCAUGUAGAACUCUGGCUGCCAUGGCAUCCUAAAGGAAACACUACAAACCUCUUUUUGACAAAACAUCGUCUAGUUGACGUCUUCCAAGUUUGUUAAAAUUAUGCCACUGGGGUCCAAACUGACCCCGCCCCGGGGAUGACAAAUUUCUUACAUAUAUAUUGAAAAGAGUCUUGUCUGAAACCAUUGAUAAUUUGUGUGUAUCAUCAUAGAGUGGUCCUCUAUCAAGUUUGUUCAAAGCCUUGCGAAAGGAUUAAAACUGCCUACAAGGUUACAAGUUUCCUAUAACCACAUUUUGUUAAAAUCUGAUAUUUAUGUAAAGUUUACUCUUGAAGCAAAAUUUACUCUUGUUAUAUUGUCUCCCUUGUUGUUGGAGCUUACUUUUAGAAUAAUGGUCUAUUAUAGAAGCAGCGGGAAAUAUUAUAUAUUUUAUGAAUUCUUCAAAAUAGUCACUUCUAAGGUAAUUACUGUUCUUUUUAUAGGUUUUAAUAAUCAGAAUUUUUCAUUGAACAUAACCAUUAUGCUUGUUUCUGAAUUCUACAAUCUUAAAUUGUGCAUGGAUAGUUAAGACAAAUAUUUUUUAUACUUUAAUCAAUUCAUGAAUGGGUUUGAUAGGGCAAACUUUGCAAAAGCUAUGGGAUGGCGCACUGUCCGUCGUCUGUGUGUCUGUCAGAAAUGAAUUGCUUGUGAACAUCAUUAGAAUUUGUUAUUUUUAAGCAGCAUAACUGAACAAGAAAAUCCUUUUCAACUAUUGAUAAUAUUUUUUUUAGAAAUUGUGUUUAAUAAUUGUUUCCCAUUUGUUUAUACCUAUUAAAGUUUGAUUUUAUUUCCUGAGUAUAUUAGGGGUUUUUUCCUGUGUAUAUCAGGGUUUUUGUAAAUAUUUGAAGUGUUUCAAGAACUAUUUUAUUUUUAUUUUUUUGAAAAUUAUUAUGUUUAAAGUAUAUAUUUUUAAGAUUUAUGUAUCUUAACAAGUUCUGAUUUAAACAAUAAUCAGUUCGGUUCUCAAGUAUUUUUGUUGCCUUUUGGUUCCAUUAAAGGCCUAGUUUAAGGGAUGUUUGGCAUGACGAGGUACGGAUCAUAUCCCGCCCGGAUGAUUGCCCCCCCAGACAUUAGCCCCUAGGACCAUAGCCCUCCUGGAAGAUAGCCCCCCCGUCUUAGUGAAAAAACGGACGAUAUCCCCCCAAAUAUUAAAAUGCAUAUUAUAACCAGUUUAUUUAAGCAAAUUUGCAAAACAAUGAUUUUUAUUGCAUUGCGUGAUAGUUAUAUAUCAGUAUUUAUAUAAAAGUUAAUCAACUACUGUUUUAUUUGUUAUUUCUUAGUUUCCUAAAUUUGUAUGAUAUUCUCAAACCUCAAUGACUCGAAAUUGUGAGGACUAUUUUUACAAGUCCAAAUUUAACUUGUAACACUAAUUCCCACAACAUUGGCCACCCUUCAUUGUACCGUACCUUCAACACUACAAUUCUGUUUGAUGGUAAUAAGGACAUUUGCAAACAGUGUGGACCAGAUCAGGUGGCUCAUACAUGAUCUGUCUUAUCAGGGUAUUAUUGCUUAUUGUUCGCUGAACACUUGAUUCACUUGAUUCACAAGUCUGUAUAGAAAACCAGAAAAGGACCACUAAAUGGCAUUUUUUUAUGUUUUAUGAGUUUUAUGAAUAUGCAAAUUUAAAAGAGUGUAUAUAUGUAAAGUCAUUUAUAUAUAUGCAGGGGGGCUAUUGUCUGGGAGGGCUAUCAUCCGGGGAGGAUAUGGUCCUAGGGGCUAAUGUCUGGGGGGGCAAUCAUCCGGGGGGGAUAUCAUCCUACACUUGGCAUGACAGUCCCCUGCUGUGUAUUUCCUGCUAAUUGCACUGAUGUCACAGGAGGGGCCAAUUUCCUGUGUAUUUGACCAUUUAGGGUCCAUUUCUUUAAUAAAACUUCCAAAACUGCACAGCAGGAUACUGAGAUCAGAGAUCUGAUAAGACAAUUAGGCAAUUAGAUUAACAAUCAAUACACAGAGGUUGUUUACUAUACAUGGUUUGGGGGGGGGGGUCACUUAUAGAAGGAUUAAACUAGGCCUUUAAGGGCCUUCCACAAUGCAACAGUGGUUUGAUUAACCAAAACAAAAAAUCUUUUCUUUUUUUUUUUGAGGUUCAAUAUUUAGCAAGGGUAUUUCAUAUAUCUGUUUCAACAAGUGUUCAUAUUAAUUUGGAGUUUAGCAAAUCUUACGAAAAAAGUUUUAAUCAGAUUUCCAAUAAAAAGGCAUUUACAUUUUGCCAGAAUUGUUUUAAUACAAAAUGUAGAUGUUUUGGGAUCAAAAUUGUAAGUACUACCUAAUCAAUUAUGUCUUGAGGCUUUGUAGUGAUUGUAGCAAUUUUAAGGAAUAAAUUUCGGUUACCAGGAAAUGAAUUUAAUCCACUUUUUUCAUUAUUUUAUUGAAUAUCUUUAUUUUUUUAAAAUGUAUCAUCAAAAUCCAUAAGACAUUGUUGAUUUAAGUUAGUCUGGAAUAUUUUGUCACAUUUAAAAAAGUUAUAAUGUCAACAGACUUUUCCGAAACUAUGUGAAUGCUUUUUUAUUCAAAAUCUCAUAACAUUUGGUUAACGCGAAAAUCCAUGGAAACCAAUUAUAUAAGACGGCUGACAAAAAAGAAGAACGCAAUUUUUUAUAUUUAAGUUAAAAAGAUGUUUUAUGCAUUUUUCGUAAACCGUUAGAAACAUUAAUUUUUGAACGGAAAUAUGAAAAUCUAUGAUCUGAUUUUUUGUCAGCAAUCUUGUAUCAUUGGUUUGCAGAUAUUCACCCAGAAAAAACACACUCCAAGACAAAAUCAAAAAAAGUUGUCAAAAUGGUAUAUCUGUGAGAGUGCAGCUUUAUCACCCCAAAAGUGAUAGUGAGUCGAAUUUCCAAGUUAAUUUAAUUGCCUUUUAUUUUACAAGUACAAAACAUAUUAAAACAUUUUUGUUUAAUAGAAGAAGCUAUUUGUUUUUAAAAAAUAAACACUUUAAACACUUGCCUGCAUUAUUUAUUUUAAGUCAACAUCCAAUAGCAGUAACAAACAAUUUUGGUAAAAAAUCACUGCGAAAAUUAGUCUUGAAAUUCUGUACAUACCUGUGUAUUAUCAGGGUCAUGCACAAUUACAAAUGCUCUAAACAUGUAG